CAAAUGCGCGGCCACAUUCAUUCAGUUACGCACCGCCGCGCAGUAAACAUCGCUCCGUUCGCCGUUUCGUGUGCCGUACUUUGUUUUUCUCUUCCACUUGCUUUCCGUUGCUUGCGCGGCCCAGCAUACGCUCUCACGCGCGCUUGGUGGCGGGCAGCAGGUUUAGCAGCAGCGAACGCGAAUCGCACGCAAGAGAGUUUGCGAAUUUUACGUGUUGCCAAAAACAAAGCAAAAAAAAAAAACGUAAUCUUGUGCCCGGUAUACAAAUACACACAUAUAGUGCACUUCUGGGUCGAUUCGUUGGUGUGUGAUAUCUCGCGCGCGCUCGACUAGUAUUCGCGAGUGUAUUGCGCGUGAACGUGAACGUGAACGCUUGUGUGAAAGAAAUAAAAGCUGAGUGAUUCACGACCUGCAGGUCUGAACGGCCUUUACAACAGAGCACGCCAGGGGCGAAUAUUUCGCUCUACUCGCAAUCUUUGCAUUUUCGGGGUAGACACCUCGCGGGACAGCAGUAGUAGUAGCAGCGGCAGCUCGCUAGUUAGUGUGCGAACGUCCGGUGCACUGCUGUCAGCGCCACACAGUAGGCAGUUGCCAACGGUUACCGAGCGACGGUUUGAAUUAGCGCGAACCGGAGGGGUUUUUUUUCCCUUGCACGCGUAAAUUAAACCCAGUCUCAGCGCAACCCGGUUAGCACGCGGCAACGGCAAGGUAUUCCCAACACGAGCAAGGUGGGUGGGCAAAAUUCACCGUUCUCCGUCUCCUUUGCCGGACAGCAAAAAGUGUGAAUUUCCGUCUCGAUAAAACGGUUUCCCGUCCCUUUUGGUGACGUCACGUUGCACAGCAUCAAGCUACAGCCUUCGCGCGGUCUCUGGCCUACUCACCAAAAGAACUGUCAAACUGCCGUGCGCAAAGGAGGCGUUUUGUUUUUGUUUAUCCCCUUUCGCUGAACUACGUCUUCUCCACCCUCUGCGCUCCCGCGAUUGAGAGAGAGAGAGAGCGAGAGCGUACAAAAAGGGGGAGAACGAGAGAAAGUGCAAGAGAGCGCCAUUUCUCGACACAAAAUUUGACAGGUUGUUGUUUUGCGAGGGGGUGGCGAAAGGCGCGUGUCACGAAAAAGCCCAACCUUAAGGGCAGAGGGCACAGAGCAAAGCAAGAGACACACAUUUUUCCCGACCCCGACAAGACAAGAAAAGAAAAAUCAAUCAAACGGAACGAUUGUUAUGUUCUGUAGUUUACAAACAAACGAUUGAUUUGACGCGUCCACAGUAACAAAGUGCGUGCGUGCGUGAAGUUUGUGAGAACAUCAACACAAAAAGAAGGAGAAGAAUAAGUCAAAAGGACGAACUCGUCGCGCACGGGUCGGGACAGUGCAUCUUUGCUCGCCCCACGUUUGGGGGAAAAUAAAGCGAAGCGAACAAGUGUGACGGCGACGAGCCGUUUUCCCUCCGAGUGAGUGUGUGUGUGUGUAUAUGCUAAAAUUGUUAGAACAGAGAGAAAGUGAUCAGUUUUAGGGGGGGAGGAAAUAAACGGAAGAGCAUUUUGAGUGAAGGGCGCCCGCGCUCCCGUGUUUCUGUGUGUGAGUUAGUGUUUGGUACGAGAAGGUUUGGGCAUAAAGGAAAAGGAAAAUACAAUUUUCCCGAAAAGUGUACAAUCAGCAAGUAACGCACAAAAGCCCCACCAAGGGAAGAGAGCCUACCACCGUCAGAGAGUGAGAGAGAGAGAGAGAGUGUCACAUACACGCGACUACGCACGACAAGGGAUAUCACAAGCAGCAGCAGCAGGAGCAGCAGUGAUAGUAGUAGUGGUAGUAGUAGUUGUAGUAGCAGUAGCACAAACAGGACGUACCCGAGUUGGCCAAACGGAACGCCAACGCCACCGCCACAAGCGUCCGUCAAAGCGUCCCACCAAAGGUGGUAGUGCCCUCCUCAAACGGGUGGCCACCGAAAAAGGCUGGGUGGCUCCACCGAAAGAACGAGUGCGUGUGCGUGCGUGCGUGCGUGCGUGUUUGUGAUUGUGAAAAGGGAUGCCCCAGAGUAGGUGUUCCAGCAGCUUUUGCGUGAUUGUAUAGUGUGUGUGUGCGUGCGUGUGUGUGUGUCGGUGUGUUCCUGGGUUACCUGUGCGAGCAGCGGAAAACACGGCCCUCAUCAUGAAUAAGCUCGACUACGAUGUAGAUUGCUUAGAAAUAAGUGACGACCUGAUAAGCAUGGCCGAGGACAAUACUCUUGGUGAUUUUUCACAUAUCGACGAUGACCUACAGUUUACAGUGAAAAACGAUGGAAUGCUCGCACUAAGAUUAAUACAAGUGGCAGACAGUUUAGAUUCACCUAAUUUUAUCACAGGAUCUCCAGCUAGUCCAUACCCAACGCUAACAAACUCCAGCAACGAUCCCAGUCAAUGCUCUUUUCUAGUGUUUAAGAAAAACAACGACAACGUGAAACAGUCCCGCUCCGCCAACAGUGUCCGGGGGGUGCAGCGAUCCUCCGACUGCAACGGUGACACGAACCUAAAUCGAAAGCAACAGCGCGAUGAUCGGCGAAGGGCGAACCACAACGAGAUCGAGAGACGGCGGAGGGACAAAAUCAACAACUGGAUCCACGAGCUGAACAAAAUCAUCCCCGCCGAGCACAUGAACAGCCCGUCGUCCGAGACGCAGAACAAGCAGAACAAUGGCGGCCAGGGCGAGAACCUGUCGAAGGGCGGCAUCCUGGCGAAAGCGUGCGAGUACAUUACGCGGUUGAAAGACACCAGCGACAAGCUGACCGAGUGCCUUGCCGAGAAGGACCAGAUACUGCUGGAGAACCUGCAGCUAAAAGAAAGCAUCAACCAGCUGCUGGCGGAGAACAAGCGGCUCCAGACGCAGCUCCAGUUUGCGCUCGAAACGAACGUGAAGCUCGAGUCGUAGCUACUAGUGGUCGGUACUACUACUACUACUACUUUUACUAGGGAGCAUCAGCAGCAGCAGCAGGAUUCGGUCGAACCGAUACAGCCGCUGGCGGAACUGCUGCUACAACAACAUCAGCCUCAUCAUCUUCAACAAGAUCAUCAUCAUCUUCAUCACCAGCAGCAGCAGCAGCAGCAGCAGCAGCGUCAUCAUCUCCAUCAUACAAGCAGCCAGCAGAAAAGCGCACCCCAACAGUCUGUUGUAACGUAUUGAAAAACGUAUCAAAAGUGCAUGGACAAAGGCAGAGGCAUGAGCGAACCGAAAUCUAUCACUUGUAAGUACUAUGAGCCCGUCAGGAAGAAAGCAUGUAACAUACACACACACACGACAAAUAUCGUUAAAUGAAUCAAUUUGAUCGCUAAAGUGGUAAUUACGCGGGAUCGAUCGUUUGGUCACAGAAUAUGUAAUACGAAACACGUGUAAAGCAUGUCGCGCAUGGUGCAGGGGUUCCGAGGGAGUUGGACAGCAGAACAAAAGCGUAAACUUAGAUGAUCGAACAUGUGUGUGUGUGUAUCGUUGUGUGUGUGCACAAUUGUUCCAGAGGCCCGUAUUACUGAGUUUUUAGUGUCAUCAGAGCGUGACACAGUGGCAAUAACGCUAGGCAAUAUCGUGCGAUACUGUUGUGCCGUAGGGCAGGUCCCUACAGUGGUGGCUGUGGAAAAUUUGUAGCACAGAAAAUUGGUGUAGAUCAAGUAAGAUGAGGGCAGGGGGGCAGGGAGAAAGGGCCAGGAGAGCCAACCCGUAUGCAAUAUCAUUAUUAUCCGUUCCGCGCAUGGCAUCGUGUAGGUAUGUUUUUUUUUAUCUUCGGUUCGGAGUUUAAUGUCGCUUUUAAUUCCCCCCGCCGUCUACUGAGUCGUACUCGACCCCGUAGGAUGUAGGAUCAUAUCUAAGUCAGCUAGCUCUAGUAAAACAAUAGACGGCGACACUGUCACCCGAUCGGGAUUGUUUUGUUUGCUAAGCAGUAGAUCGCGCCAGAAUAUUGAGACGAUAGGGAAAGAAGUUAUUCGGUGUGCCGUUUUUUGGAGGUUUGGGAUGGGAUACAGCAAUCCCAGUAGGCGAAUAUCAUUUUUGCUGUUAAUGUUCCUCGAUAUCGCCUGUAGUUAUUACCAGUUGUGCUCGGGCUCGCUGCGGGUCUGCUAGGAAAAACUAAGCCCUUAUAGUGCGCCACCAUCGCCCAAUAAUCAAUCGAAACUCGCACACAGCACCAUCAUGUUGAAGUCUGGCCGUGAUGAUGCGGUGAAGCAUUGAACGCAUGUUUGCUUUUUAAAAAAAGGCCACUCUUCCGGUGAUACGAUCUUGCCGUUCCGAAGCUUGCGGCUUACUUUUUUCCUUCUUCUAGACCAUCAUCUCCGUCGCAGUCGUGGUCGACAUGACACGCACCCGGAGUAGUGUCCGAUUGCUGAUAGGUAAACGAGGAAAGGAGUUCGUUUCAAUUGCCGAACAUGGCAGCAUGACGAUGGGGCAUAUGAAUCAGCCGAAAUGAAGCCAUUGUUACGAAGGCUAAUCUAAUUCUCGGACGACGCCGGAUGACUUGGGUCCCACAAGACUGUUGUCGUUGUUGCAAGACUCAGUUUUUGACUGAGUCUGCGCCCACUCCACUUGCGCCCGUCUGCUGAUCAGUCCAUUGGCCACCCAUAGCACAGCACGACAAGAACACGAGAUGAUGACGAUGAUGAUGAUGAUGGGAAGAGAGAUGGCUUAUAUCAACUUUAUCAAACCGAUCAAUUAGAUCCUGAGUUAUACAGCGCUAGUUAAGCCCAUCUAGCAUCACGCCCGUGGCAAGGGCGCCGGGGAAGAAGCAGAAACAGGAGGAUAGUCCGGUAUUUAAGCUUCCCCAAUACACUACUCAAUCGAUUGGUACGGCCCCCGUUUGAUUUAUUUGUUUAUGGGGAUCCACCCCGCGCUCCCAACAACACCACGCCGUGGGACGCGCGCGUACGGACCUGCUGGGAGAGUCUCCCAAUCAAUUAUUCGGCGACCGAGCGGAGGGACCGCCUUGGGGCCACCAUGACGCCGGCUAGUGUGCUAGCGGACACGGCAUACGGCAAGUGCGUGUGAGAUAAUGUUCAUUCAUAUGACUGCGGUGUGACGUAGGUGGCCCCUCGAAAAGAUAGCCAGCAGGAAAGGCUUAGAUGGGGGACGGGGUGAAGUUGCUUUGUCCGAUCUAUAUUCCUCCCCUAUUCUUCGCUGUUUUUUUCCUUUUUUGCUUUGCUGCCAGCGCGUCCCAUAAUCUUGACGUUGACAAUUAUGGCGCCAGCGCACAUUUCGGACGCUUAUCACUCAUUAUUUUUACUUUCCAGUCUCGCCCCUACUUCCCCUACUCCCAUUCAUCUCAUGGUGGAAAGGGGAGUAAUGCAAGGGAGCUCUCCCCGGGGUUUUCGCCUAUCGUUGGCCGUCGCGCUCUUUCUCUUGAUGUCCCAGAAAGGGUUGACAAAUUUGCCAUGCAUGGAUUGCACGGUGCCCCUGCGCGCGCCAGCAGCAAGCGACUGGCUGUCGCUCACCGUCUGAGCAUGUGUGUGUGUGUGUGAGUAUGUUAUCUUGCCUGCAGGAAGGAAGGAAAAGAAUUCCAUCACCCAUUAUCUCGAACGCGGGUGUCUGUCGACCGUCCUAUCCUCUCCGGUGUUGCCGAAGCAGUUUAAAGUCUCCGGCUGUGAUGUGGAAUGCGUCGCUGGAAGGUGACACGACACGAUCAAAGCGCGGUUGAUGUAAUGAGACGCGUGUAACAGCAGCAACAAUUGCGGAAGGCUCACCCGUACGAGCGCUACGUAAUGGUGACCGCGGCGGCGGCAUUUGCAUUCGGAAAAGAUCAUAAUGUCGCUCAUCCCGGUUCUCCGGGAGUAGGAAUAUCCGGAGGGUCAUUAUUUAGAUGUGAUAAGGGGGGGAAGACCGUCAGCAUUGGGCGUUACAUCGGAGAAUCGAAAUGUCAGUCGGGAAUGCUUGUGUGCGCGAUCAGUUUGCCCUUUAGCUAAUUGCGCGCUUCGAUUCAAGGAAUCCAGCCUUCCAGUCCACAGCCCAUCUCGCUAGUGCCCAUCCAUUCCCAAUCGAAUCUACUCAAGCAACGUGAUCGAUGUGGCAGGUUCGCGCGCCCUUCACGAUGACGGUGCGGUGUAGCUGUUGCUGCUUUUUUGCACACUUUUGAUCGGUAUCGUUCAAGGGCCACCUUCGGGGGAUUGACUGUCGGAAUACAAAAGGCUACGACACACACACACACACACAUGUAACCAACAAAUCACCAAAGAAACCCGAAACAACACUCAGAAGGGCCUACGCGGGGCCCCAUCGACGACGUCACCGAUUUAUCGAUAUCAUGUUCACUAAUUGUUAUUUCUUGUUAAAUACGUGUUUCAUGAGCAUGACAUUAUUAUCUACCCAACUUCUUCCUUUACCCUUUCUCCCCCCAAACGAGGUGGUGGGUCAAAAUGGGGAUAAUUUGAUGACGAUUUGGUUUGGGUUUUUGCUGUUGUUGUUGUGUUUCAGUGGAAAACAAACCACACGCGACCCACGCGAGCCCGAGGGCACGUUCCGGCGGUUGACGGUGUUGUUGUUGUUGAUAUUACUGUUCGUGUUUUUGAUGUUUGUGAGCGUUGUUUGCGAGGUGGAUGAUGGCAACGACAGCGGCCGGAACCAUAUUUUAAACCAAUCUUCUCUCGCCCCAGUUGUGUGGUCCCCGCCCGCGAGCGCGCGUAGGCCCCAAGGAAGAUUGGUUUGUGGAAAUGACAAUAAUCGAACUCGAAAUUGCACCGACGAUCGGAUGCACGAUGCUCCUCCGGUUCCGGCCCGUUGUAGAUGGCGAGGUGAAGGGGGUUGUGACGAUGUUACUACAUCUUAGUACAUCGGGCAUCGAAAUGGGGACAUGAUGCAGCUAACAUCCUGACGUCAGCGAAUACGCCAUCAAAACAGGGAUAAAGACGUCAUCGAUGACGGAGAUUCGCGGAGACAGUUCGCUGAGGAGUAGACAGUUUUGUUUUGUAUUGAGCGGAGCAAUUAACCCUGCCAGACGUAGUAUUGUUUGUUCCACGUAGUUAGUGUGUUAGUUCUACCACUCCAAAAUCACUACCAAAACAGGUCCCGCGUGUGAUGAUCACAACGGAGGGGAACCAAGCCAACAGUUUUAACACAGCCGUUUGUACAUAGUAGAUGCUUGGUGGAGUUGCGUUUACAAAACAAAAACAGGUUCCCAUUUUUCAAAGCCAUAUGACACGCUGUCUGUAUCGAUCAUCUGUGAGUUGGAGAUCUAUGAGAUCAUUAUAAAGCGUCGAAGAAGUUAUCGCCCAGAUCUGUUCCACUGUUCAAUUAGCAUCUUGAUCGGAGAAAAGCUUGAUGCUCUUGGUCGCCUGAGAGCGUGAAGAUCAGAGCUUGUCGAGGUGAUCCUAACGCAUAAGUAAACAGUGGCACCCAUUCGCACAUUAGCCAUUCAACUUUUUCAACCUUAUGUUUUUUUUUGGUGCGCAAACAAAAUCCCUGUUCUAAAAAGACUAGACCCUUUUUUGUAGAUCUUAGCAAAUUCCAAGAUUUCUUUUGCAUAUUGGUUGCUUAGUCCCAGCCUGAGUGAACACCCAAGUGAACACUGAGGACCAUUCGACACGAAAAGAUGCGAUUGAUCAGAGGCAUCGACUGGUAAGUCUACGAGCUACGAGACAGAUUGAUUAAUAGAAUCCCCUUGCGGGCAAGUACUUAUUAAAAAGCCAGAGCGGCCAGAAUGUGCUGCAAACGUUUAAUUGGACCAAUCGGGGAGGGCCGGUUGAAAAGCAAAAAAGUGAUGUGUGCUUUGCGGGUUCUCUAGCAGUACGACCACCCUCGGCCACAUUAUCUCACACUGUGUGUCACAUUGUGUUUGGCCCGGGUGUGUGUGUGUGUGGAGUAUGUAUGCGGAUUUGUUGUACGAAGCAUUAGAACGUGAUAAAUGGGAUGCGCCGUGGGUUGUGGAGUUUAAACACACAGCUUGAGAGAUCAGCCGUAACGGCUGAUGGCGCCCUAGAUUUGCUCACAAAACAAUCGAGCCCACACAGUGGUGGACGGAUGGCUUAAGCAUUGGAGCUCCCUGUAUACAGACGGCCAAGCAUACACGGUGGCGUUGGUGAAAGAUUUACAAUCGUUAAAAGGUACUGGUGGAAGACGGCCAUAGGCCAAAGCCUGCGUGGAAGGUUUGGCAAGACCGAGGGGCGACCGAAGGGGGUACUAUCUUGUCCGUUCUAAGUCAACCAGGUAUCAGAGCAGCAGCAGAGCGUGUGUGCAAAGUCGGGUGUGCAAAUCAUGUGUCACUAGAGGAUUAGCUGGUGUGUGAGAUUGGAACCGAGUUGUGGCGAGGAUUUAUAGUACGCCAGAUUAGAGAGUAUGCCCCUGUUGGGUCCUGGUGCUGGUGAUGAGUUUCGUCGCUGUUCGCUUUCUGCUCGGUAACUUACCAAGCGCUAGCCUGAUAGUGGGCAUGGACGAGCGCAGUAUCAGUAUUUCCAUUGGUAGUAUCCUAUUCUACUUAGCAUGAUGUAUUAGUUUGUUGUUUUUUUUCAUUUUUUGGGCGGGUAGACCAAUCUGUUAUCUAAUUAAAUAAGACGUAAAUUCACGUGCGCACACACAGACACACACUUCCGAACAUUUAAGGUCACCAAGCAACGGGAAAAUGGGAAGAAUGGUGUUACGUUGCCAUAUUAAAGAAUUUUAGUUGGUUUCGGUUGGCUGCCUGUUGCCUGUAGAAGUCGCCACUACGGUUUACUGCAGCUGCUGCUUACACCCUUUUUGAACAAAAAUCAAGGGCGUGAGACGAACAUGCGUGCAAUUGUUUUUACAUUCUUAGUUGCUAAUUAAACUUUGGUGUAAGAAGUGGAAGAAGUCGAAGAAGCUGUUAUUUGUUGCUUUGUUUAGAUGUGUAAGUAAGCGUUAACUUUGCUGCAUACGUUUUGCUAGUGAUACACAAAAGCCCCGUCACGCUUUUCUUAGCGCAAGCCGUUGGGAGAUGCGUGCGAGAUACACGCAGCACAUUAUAGGUAAGAAGAAUGGUUACACUUAGUGCGAAAAACCGAACCAGUACACCAGAGCUAGCGGUGACCCAAUUGAACUGAGAAAAGAGCGAGAGGGGUAGAGAGAGAGAGAGAGAGAAAGGGUGCAGUUACAGCAUUACUGAAUUGUAGUAGUAUUUUGCGCUGCGACACGUUUUGGUUCUAUUUCUGUUUCCGUUUUCUGUUAUCAUUGUUACGUAAAGCAUUGUUAGGACCCAACGGCACAGUGGACACAGUGUGGGUCAGCCCAUUUACUAAGGUUUAAAAUAUUAACAAAUGCAAUAAUAGUGUUACGUCGUGUACGGAAGUGGCCGAGGAAGCGGCUGAUGCGUGAUGGAAUCGUAAAGUAUUCACUGUACAAAAUGUAGUACAGCAAAAGCAGGAGGUUGCAUUAUUUACGCGGUAGGAUGUGGGGUAUCAAAACAGUAGCGAGUAGUUGAAGAAUGCCGCCUUAAGUGCAACUGAGAGUAGGAAAAGGCCAACAACGAUAUCGACCAUCAUAUGGUGUUAGGAAAUAACGGUUAAGUGGAGAGAGCAGGAGAGAGAUAGAGAGAGAGAGAGAGAGAGAGAGAGAGAGAGAGAGAGAGACGCUCAAAAGUAUAAAUUGAAGAAAAAAAAGCAAAUAAAGAGAAUAAGUCGAAGAAGCAAGAUAACGAAAUCUAAUACAAUAAUUAAAUUAUAAUUAAAUAAUUAAACGAAAAACAAAAUACAAGUGUUACUAAAUUAUUGCUAUUACAAUAAUAUUACUUAAAAGAGAAGAAAGCGACACGAAAAAAACACGAAACAAAUCAAACAUGAAUGAACCAUUGUAUUAUCUACUAAAAACUAAAAAGGAAAACCAACCAACAAAACAAGGAAUCGCGAUAAACAUACGUUCGGCUACAGUUUACAACUAAAAAUGAAUAUAAAAAACAACAAGUAAAAUAAAGUAAAGUUAGCAAAACGACAGGACAAGAAUAUACAUAUAUACAUAUAGAGAGAGGUUAUAGAGUAUAUAUAUAUGCAGAAAAAAGACAGAUAAAAAACAUAUAGUAUAUUAUAUUAUUACUAUUAUUAUUGACACAGGUCGCCCGAGUGUUGUGAAGUAUAUAGUAGAAGCAAAACAAAAAAAAAACAAGCAAAACAAGACACGGCGGGAAGCGCGCAAAGAGAGAGAGAGAGAGAGAACCGAGAGAAUCGAAUCGAAGCCUACGAUAUAUAUUAUAUAUAUAUAUAUACAUAUACCAUAUACAAAAAAAAACUUUCAUCACUUUUGCUGUAUAUUCAUCGAUGUAGUUCUAUUCAUUCAUUUUGUUGUGAGAAAACGUAACAAACAGACUAAACAACCAGCGAAUAAAAUAAAACGGAACGAAACGGGAAACCCAGAGCCGGUGUAAAGUCGAGAGGGAACGUAGCGCACGUCGUUGAUGCAGCACCUUUUUCCACAGCAAACAGAGCAAGAUGAGAGAGUGAAUCGAAGCGAUUUCAAUGCAAAUUAUCACCACCCAGCAGAGAUGAAAAAUUACAAAACAAAUAUCCAAACGAUCCACAAAUAGACUUAAAAAAUAUAUUGAAAAAACACCGACAUAUUAGACAGAGCAGAGGAACGAUGAGAUGCCAUCGCAGACGAUAUUGUUUUUGUUCUUUUGGCUCCCCUUUAACAAGGUGGUGUACGUGCGUAUCCAGUGCGUUUGUUAUCGAUUGCAGGUGACGACUGCAGGUGCGAAUUAAACACCUUAAACCUAACCCCGAAACGGAAGUUUACAGCAAAAGCAAUGUUACAAAAACCUACUUCCUCACACUCGCACAAUGUGUUAUAUAAAACAAAAAAGGUGAAGCGCGAGCGAAUGCGUGUGUGGGGCGCGCGAAAAGCGCAAAAAGACAUAUAAAAUCAUUCAAAAAUAAAACAAAACGUAUUUACCGAAAUCAAAGUUUCAAAUUAUUCCUAAAACAAUACACUAAUGAACUACGCAGAUAUUGUUAAAUUAAUGAUAAUUACAUAAACCUACCACACAAAAAUUGGGGGAUGGAUAAAACCGAUUGGGGACUGUUUGUUUGUUGUUCGUCUGGCGGGCGGGAGGUGUGGUAGCAAAUAAGCAAUUGUGAAAAAAGAAAGAUGAAACACAGUGACAAAAACACUCACACAAACACAUACAGAGCCCCUGAAAGUGGAAAGCCAUAGAACAAAUCAAAGCAAGGAAGAAAACACGAAAGCAUAGAACAGGCGACAUGAAACGAAAACAGUAAAACAGAAAAAAA